AUGACGGAAGAGCACUCAGCCAAGAGCGAACACCAAAUUGUUCGCAUAGGUGGAAGAAAAUCGAAGUUAGCUGUCAUUCAGUCCCAUGAGGUCAAGGACCUUAUUGAGCGGGAGUUUUCUCAGUACAGCUGCACCGUGCGCGCGCUGAAAACGCUCGGUGACCAGGUACAGUCGAAGCCGCUGUACUCAUUCGGCGGUAAAGCUGUUUGGACCAAAGAGCUCGAAGAUCUUCUAUACGAGAAAGAUAAGGAGAAGAGGAUAGACCUCAUUGUUCAUUCUCUGAAAGACAUGCCAACCCUUCUUCCCGACGGUUUUCUUGUCGGUGCAAUUAUCAAACGUGUGGACCCCACCGAUUGUAUUAUAAUGGCCAAAGAGAGCCCCUACAAAACUCUCGACGACUUACCAGACGGAAGCGUGGUGGGCACGUCUUCAAUCAGGAGAUCCGCGCAGCUUAAGCGUAAAUAUCCCAAGUUGGUGUUUGAAAGUGUCAGAGGUAACAUUGAGACUCGGUUAAGUAAGCUGGAUGACCCGAUUACGCCUUUCUCUUGUAUUGUUCUGGCUACUGCAGGUCUGCUGAGGGUGAAGCUGGCCCACAGGAUAACACAAAGGCUGGAUUCUUCUGUAAUGUAUCACGCAGUGGGGCAGGGUGCCUUGGGAAUUGAGAUACGGUCGGAUGACCCUUGGAUUGCUGGAAUCUUGCAAAAGAUCAAUGAUAAGGAAACUGCCAUCUGCUGUUUCGCCGAGAGAUCUCUAAUGAGAACCCUAGAGGGUGGCUGCUCGGUGCCAAUCGGCGUUGAGAGCAACUACGAUGAUACCACAAAACAGUUGUGUCUCAAAGCCGUUGUUGUGAGCGUUGAUGGCACUGAGGCCGUCGAGGACGAGUACACAAUGACCAUCGAAGAUAUGCGGCAGGACGCAAUCAUCUGCGGCCAGCAACUCGCUCACAAGAUGAUCAAAAACGGGGCCAAAGACAUCCUCGACAGGAUUAACCUGGACAAAAUCGACCAAUGA